AUGGCGUACCACUCUGAGCUGAGCGAGCGGCUCAAGUCGUUGGCGUCAUCCGGUGACUUCCCGCAUAUCCUGUUCUACGGACCGAGCGGCGCGGGAAAGAAGACGAGAAUCAUGGCGACGUUGCGCGAGUUGUACGGCCCGGGAGUGGAGAAGCUCAAGAUCGACCAGCGCGUCUUCGUGACCCCGUCAAACCGAAAGCUCGACGUCAACGUCGUGCAGAGCAACUACCACAUUGAGCUCACGCCGAGUGACGUCGGCAUGUACGACCGUGUUGUUAUCCAGGACAUUCUGAAGGAGAUUGCGCAGACGCAGCAGGUCGACCUCAACGCGAAGCAGAAGUUCAAGGUUGUCGUCAUCAACGAGGCCGACUCCCUCUCGCGCGACGCGCAGGCCGCCCUCCGUCGCACGAUGGAGAAGUAUAUGACGAACAUGCGCCUGAUCAUGUGCGCGAACAGCACGUCCAAGAUCAUUGCGCCAAUCCGGUCGCGUUGUCUUCUCGUCCGCGUCGCGGCGCCGACAGACGAUGAGGUCGCGAAGAAGGAACGAUUCACGCUGCCUCCAUCCGCGUCUGACGCUAUUAUCGAGGCCGCGGACGGCAACCUGCGCAAGGCGCUGCUCGUGAUGGAGGCGAUGCGCAUGCAGAACCCGGACCUGAACGGCGACGUCGACGUCGCCAAGCCGGACUGGGAGCUGUACUGCGCCAAAAUUGCCGAGAGCAUCAUGCAGGAGCAGAGCCCGCAGCGUCUCCUCGACAUCCGUGGCAAGAUCUACGAGCUGCUCUCGCACUGCAUCCCGCCAGCGGUCGUGCUGAAGACCAUCGCCGACGGACUCGUCGCCCGCGUCGACGACCCGCUCAAACCCGUCGUCGUGCACUGGGCCGCGCACUACGGCUCGAAGAAGAUCUUCCACAUCGAAGCUUUCAUCGCCAAGAUCAUGAAGGUCGUGAAGGAGGCGCACUUCAUGGGCGUGGACUUCUAG